CUAUUUUCUAUUUACUGUUUUCAUGCUGUUUUCGAUUUCCAUUUUAAGGUUAACUUUGUCACAAUCUCUUAUUGAUAAUGUCGUAUUUAUGAAUUAUAAUUAAAAUAAAUACAACAAAAAUUGCAAGAUGUCAGUAAAAGUUAAAGUUAUUAGUCGUAAUCCAGAAGACUAUCUACGUGCAACCAAAAGAGAUAUCCAUAAAAUUCAAAGAAACUACGACCCGAAUUUACAUCCGUUAGAAGGACCUCGAGAAUAUGUUCGGGCAUUAAAUGCGGUAAAGCUUGAGAGAGUAUUUGCCAAGCCGUUUAUUGGCAACUUAGAUGGACAUUCUGAUGGUGUAUCAAGUUUAGCUAAACAUCCAAGUCGAUUAGCGGUUUUGGCGAGUGGAGCAUUUGAUGGCGAAAUAAGAUUAUGGGAUUUGGCUAGUCGAAAAUGUACAAGACAUUUUAUAGCGCACGAAGGCUGGGUCCGCGCUAUUUCUUACACUCCAGACGGGCAGCAGUUUAUCAGUGUUGGCGACGAUAAAACUAUAAAAACUUGGAAAGCAGAAGUUAAAGAUGAAGAAGACGAAAAUCCUGUUAACACUUUGUUGAGUAUGUCAGUUGUCUCUGGUGUCAGUCAUCACAGAUCGAAACCAAUAUUUGCCACAUGUGGAGAACAUUGUCAGUUGUGGGAGAAUACUAGAAGUGAACCUAUCAAAGUUUUUAAGUGGGGCGUCGAUAGUCUACACCACGUUGCUUUUAAUCAGGUCGAAUCUAAUCUGUUAGCAUCAUGUGCGAGUGACCGAAGUGUCAUAUUGUAUGAUUUUCGUGAGUCUGGCCCACUGAGAAAGGUUGUAAUGGAAUUAAGGUCCAAUGCAUUAGCAUGGAAUCCUAUGGAAGCAUUUAUUUUCACUGUAGCUAAUGAAGAUUACAACUUAUACACCUUUGAUGUAAGAAAAUUAAAACAACCAGUUAAUGUACACAUUGAUCACACUUCAGCGGUAGUAGAUGUGGAUUACUCACCAACUGGAAGGGAAUUUGUUUCUGGAAGCUAUGAUAAAACAGUUAGAAUAUUUGAGAGUCUCAAAGGUCAUUCAAGAGAUGUAUACCAUACAAAGAGAAUGCAAAGAUUGACUUGUGUUAAGUGGUCAUUGGACAAUAAAUACAUACUUACUGGAUCAGAUGAAAUGAAUAUCAGAAUGUGGAAAGCCAAGGCAUCUGAAAAGCUUGGAAUUCUUAAACCACGUGAAAGGACAGCUUUAAAUUAUGCUGAAGCAUUAAAAGAAAAGUUCAGUGCACAUCCACAAGUCAAAAGAAUUGCGCGCCACAGACACGUGCCUAAACAUAUAGUGAAUGCUCAAAAGGAGAUCAAAACUAUUAGAGAGAAAAAUAAACGCAAGGAGGCCAACAGACGGGCACACAGUAAAGCAGGAUCUGUGCCAUUUGUUCCUGAACGGAAAAAACAUGUUGUUAAGGAAGAUGAGUAAAUUUAUACCCAAUUCCUUUUUGCCGUUUUCUUUUUUAAUAUACUUUGUAAAUAAU